AUGGACAUUACACAUGCUCGAAGUUUACAGGUGAGUUUUCCGUUUUGCAUAGUUUAAACGUUUAUUGUGCCUUUGAUAACAGUUUGCCCCCUGCAAACUUCGGUCUUUGGUUGUGCAAACUAUCCCCUAGUCGGCCUAUCUCGCUUUUGUACUUUGACACAGUUGACCUGCUUUUUGGCCAUUCACCGAUAUUCAACGUCCUUUUCACUCAAGAGUUGUAGAUAAAACGUCAUCUUGCAUUAUAUUAAGCAAUGCCUCUUCAACUACACGCAACCGGAAGUCCUUCAGGGCGCUAAUGCGUACAAAUGUGAGACGUGCAAGCAACUCCGCCACGCCACUCGAUGCUGUCGAAUUUUUCGAGCACCUCCUGUUCUUGUUGUACAGUUCAACAGGUAAGUCCUGCUGUCUUUCGACAGCUUUAUCGUUAAUGCUUUGAGGGGAACCCAGCAAAUACUACCUGAGACCAAGUCAGUGAAGUUUUGGCUGUUCCCCAAUAACAAAAUGCGGACUCUCAGGGUCAACAGCAUGAGUUCAGCUGUUGACUUCGUUCCGUGUGCAACACCUUGUUUUCUUGUCGACCGGUUGGAGGUAAUGGUUGCUGAUACAGAACAAUUAAAUGUUAUAAGCAGAAAUCUAAUUUGGAUUCCGCCUUCUUCCCCGUUUUUUUGACGAAAAUUGGCUUACGCGACGAGUAAACUUCAUAAACAAUGUCAGUUGAUCGCUGGGACGUCGAUUUUAUUUGUCUGUCAUAUCGGAUUAGCCUUCCAGUCCGUGAUCCGAAGCAGAAUGAAAUGGACAAAAUACUCCACCGGUUUGCUGUGAUUGUUGCAGCCCCACCUGAAUAAUCAUUUGCAGGGUUUCAUAAUUGACACGCAAGUGAACUGAUUGCCGCGUCAUUAUUCCCCUCUAGAGGGGUUUUCGUGUGCCCUUGUGGCAUGCUGGCGGUCGUGCACGGCUUUAAAGUUCUGCCACCCAGGCGACACUAUUGCUUGGACUUUAUCCACAAUGCAAAAUUCUGCCAACACAUGCGCACCGUUCAAGCUAAUUUUUCAGCAGGUUGAAUUAUGAACUUACCUUUGACUCAGGGAGGCAUAUUAGCUCGGAAUUUGUCACUUUCCUGGCACACCCAGGAUGUACUUUUCUGUGCAAAUUCCAGCCUCAUGCACGGCCAUAUUUUCAUGUUACUCUCUCUUACCCAUGUCUCUUAGGGCCUAUAUACUUGCCGACCUCGCCAUCCCUUCUCCAACGCGUUACUUGCGUCUAUUCCUUAUUUUUGUUUAAAAUUAGAUUUUCGCGCAACCUGAAACUGGACACCCGCGUUGAUUUCCCUGCUACCUUUAACAUGCGUCCCCAUAUGACCCCCCCACGAGGUCCUUCGGUCAUCUACCGGCUCUACGCCACUUUGAAUCAUGAAGGGUACAGCUGUAGGUCCGGUCACUACGUCGCCUUCACCAGGCGCAAUAAUCAGUGGUUUUCGCACAAUGACAGCAUCGUAAGUCACCCAGCAAUCUCUUGACCUGGCAUACCACUCAAUCUCUUGCAUGCCCAUAGUAUGUUUCAGUCAACUCGUAUAGCGCCUUAUAGCAUUAUAGCAAGUAUUAUUCCUUUUAAAGUAAGCCCCUUUCCUUGUGCCUCUAUAAUGUUUUCAACCAGGUGUCCUCUCAUUGUGUCACACUAUUUACUCGCUUUGCGGGUGGUCAAGAUGCGUGGCAUGACCUAACUACUACCUCAGGGACGCAGAAAAGGCCUAAUAAACUACUUGUGCCAGCUAGAAACCACAGUGUUAGACUGAGCGUUAAAACAAGUCAACUUCGACCACAGCUAUCUGAGAUACGUGACCACGUUAUUGUUGCAGAACUUGCUUGCGUGUUUCUCAGGCUGUUGUUGCGGUCAAUCGGUCGGCAAUCAAAUCUUCAUGACCAUAUCCUAUUAGGACACGCGGACCUCCAUAGAUGGUCGUUGUAGUUGCAUCACACGCUCUCCCAAAUAAAACUGAAUGAAUUGCCGAUAAGGGAUUAUGUUGUGUUUGAAAGCUUGUUAGUUAUUCCCAGAUAACUGGCGUAGAGCUUAGUAAGACAAAUUUUGGAUUAAAAUUCAAAAUUUUGUUUGAAUCCAGCGUCUGACGAUUUACGCAUAGUCUGUUGCUGUUUUCUGAAAGUAUUCUUGUUUGCCCAUUUAUUUCACCUUCGGCAGACUGGCAUCAUAAUAUUUUGUUGCGUUUGCCGACUUCAUAGUACUGCAGCUUCCUGAAAUCAAUCUGGCCCUAAAACGAGCGCCGGUGCAGCCCAAACACGAUGUUUGAGCAAGAGCUACAGGCAUUAGCAGUGUCUAUACAUUUAUCCUGAUAAAUGCAUCAAGGAACAGUAAAACAGACGAGGUUUGUUUCCCUUUUGGCGCAUUUGUGAAAGCAUUACUUGUUUCCCCUUUCCAGGUAACGUCGACCACUCAGGAGUGUGUUCUCCGUCAGUCGCCGUAUUUACUCUUCUAUGAAUUGGUAAGCACUCGCGGCAAAAGCGAGAUGAUAAGUUCUUCUGGAAUGAGAAUUGACUCUCUAGUCGUAGUAAUUAAGCUUUUUUUAUCUUUGUUAAACCACCGUUUGUCAUCGUUGUCAGCCUUCCAUUAAAAGCCAAGGCACUCGGACUUUUCCGCCGUCUUGUGCGAACUAAGUUUGUCGAGCAUCGUAUCGCACAGUCUCUGUUCCCUGCGGUACUGUUCAAACUGAGGCCCAAGACCAAAUCACCGGAUUAUCACCCUCCACGAUCUUGCUUCUUGCAUUUCUAUGGCAUGAGAGCACUGAUACUGAACCUAUCAUGACUGAUCUUGCGGCCCUCUUAAAGAUGCGGCGAUCGUUCAUAAGGGCCGUGAGUCCCCAUUCCCCAUUUUAUGCCUUCUACUGAAAGCUACUGUAUUACGGCUAUUGCAUAUCGUUUACUUUUAACGGUUUUGACUCUGUCCCCCAUAUUCCGUGAAGGCCCUUGAUCGAGGCGCCGUUGUUUCCAGACCUAAAGGGGACCAGAGGAUCUCACGGACAGAACGCCUGUGAUUUCCGUGGGAUACGGCAGACGAACAGACUUCAAUAUGCUCUGUCGGUCCUACAUAAAGCUCGUCUCCAUCGCCCUGUCUUAGUCAUGCUACAGAAACGGAAAAUAAAGGCGCAUCAGCCUCACCAUCAACCGUUGUAAUCAAGCUCACGCCCACGACACUGAUACCUCCGUGCAGUGAUGAACUUUGCCUAACUAGACUGUCGACUUGCCCAAAAAAGGAUGAGAUUCCAAACGCGUAAUAAGUUGUUUGUUUUCGGCCAAUUCCGGACGGGGCGGUUUUUGGCAUUUUUCGUGGGUUGCAUUCGUGCGUUGUCAGAAAGCGUUAGUAUUCAUUCGGUCGCUGGCACUGUUACUUUUGUCACUAAAUCAGUGGUCCCCCCAUAAACACUGUUUGUGCACAACACUGCAGUUGAUUUUUCCUUUUAUGCAUCCAGGUCUCCCUAGAUGCACUGACCAGUGGUGGCGGUGCUGCUGUAACGGUUUCCGCCAAUUCGACCCCCUCUCCCUCCGCCCCGAAACUACAACCGUCCCAGCCAUCUGAUUCUGCCCUGACUACGACUAACUCUCUGUCGUCUAACGGCUCCUUCCACCCAGUCCCCUAUCGAGUGUCGCCCGAAGAGCCGGGGCAACAACAGUCCCCAACUCAGAAGCCAAAAUCCGCCAUAAUUUUCAACCCCCAUGUCCUCGCGUACCGUAAACUCCCUCAUGGUAGGUCCCUCAUCCGUUCUGCCCUCUUCGCUGAUUGGCACUCAAACGCUGUAAAGUACUGCAAAGCACUUCGAGAAUCCACCUGUGCACAAAGUACCAUUGACUAUCACCUGGCGGUUUCCUUGUUUUAUUUUCGUUUGGGCCAACUUAGCGGUUCGGGCUCAAGGCAUGUCUGUGAAUGCUUGUGGGUAUCGGGUGACGGCAUUUCUACGCGAUGUGCAUUAUGACCAAUUGCCUAAUAACUGUCAUUUGCACACCACUCCACGGACGCCAGCAAGGAAAAACGGGCCUCAAGCUUGGAUACCCUGCUAGUCUAGGCAACGUCCUAUCUGCUUCAUUGCGGGGUCCAGUGGUCGGUUUCGUGAGCUCUUCCUUCACAUGGUUGAAGUCCGAGUAGCGAUCCACUAGCCAUAAAUUAAUUCGAGCGAAGAACUGAUAUAUGAAGCAUUCUUUCCCCAGUUGCAAAACCCGAGUGUUCUGAAGAAAUUGGCAGGAUAACACGCUGCGCUUACGUAUAACUAUUCAAGCGCGUUGAGAAGCCAGGAGCGUUGUCUAGAUUAUCGUCGACGGUGGUAAAAGACCAGUCAUUGUCUGCGGCGUAAUGUCAUGCUCCACAACACUUUGAGCUAAGUUGUCGGACAGUGUACCGUCAUCUAGUGAGCCAGCAUUUUAUUUCAUUCCAAUGACUAACCCGGUCAGCAUUUACCAUUACAGAUCGUAUUGGUGUUGCUGGAAUUGCGAGCCACCACAUUCUAAACUGCGACCAGCGGUUGGACCACAGCAAUCGUCUGCAGGUUGACAUUUGAUGCGGGGUUGUCAGGCCCAACGGCGCCCCCGGAUUUGGCUUAACCACAUCUCCCCACUUAUUCACUUAGUCACCUUGGCUGCGGCACCGAUUCAGACAGGGUUGCAGAGUUAUGUGCGUUGUCAGCGAGUUGGCCCGUGGGGGGCUGAAAUACUGAAUCAGCUCAUCUGAGUCACAUACGAGUGUCUCCGAUUGGCGCUGAGGUUCUGCUUUCCGGAUAUGGUUCCUCGACUGAGGGUGCAAUAUUUUCCGAAGGUACCAAUUUUUAGGCACUUCAGUCUUCGUGUCUGCAGAGCGCAAAGACCGCGACUCAGUCGUAGGAUAGAACAGCUUUGAUUGCAGCUUUGUGUCCAGCAGAACCUCCUGACGGGAUCACGCGCACCCCUGCUCUUCGCACAAGUUGUAUGCGACGGCUCAUUUCCUCCUGCCGUUGACCCUUUGGUAGCAAAAGAUUUAGGUGGACGAAAGUACUUGACCUCGCGCUUCUUAUCAUCAACGUGGUGGGGAUAAAUCCAUCUACAUGGGACUACUUAGGCUGGCUCUUGUCUCAGUAACGUUUAGCCUAGAACCAAAUAUAUGGGACAGUUGACGGCCGUUUUGUCCAGAGUGAAUCGGACUACCUUGACGUUUAUUAAUACGAGAUUAUCCUUUGCAUCAUCAGUGCUUAGAAUGCGAAAGACUUGCGCCAUCUACACUUACCUGUAUUUGGUACGCCUGUGGUCUAGGUGGUCUCAGUGAGGUUUCCUAAGAGUUUUCAGUGCAGGCGGAUCCCCAAACGGCUGCUUAAUUUGUUCGAAUUUUCUCUUCCCCAACAGACUCGGGAGGCUGCUUAUUUCGCAGUUAAGUUUCCCUGAAAGCUAUCUGCUACGUGUAGACUCGCCAGGUAGCCAGCAACUAGACUAUUAUGGAGUGCCAGGUAAAGCAUUUCCAGAUAGCGGACACUAUCCAGUGUCGUCAUUCCCUUUUGUUCUAUAAGUUUUCUUGAUAUCUACUGUUACCGCCGCAUAUCUCACGACUGUUGUAUGACCCCGGAGCCUACUCAUUUCACAACAAGCCUUCACCCCCGUUAGCCGCGUGUGCGAGUCACUUGGCGUGCCUUUAUAGGGUUUACAUUUUUGCCGACUCAUAAUUUACUACUGUCGAACGAUUUUGAAUACCGCCAGCACGGGUACUAGCUACAAUUCAGACAUGUGUUUCGCCUAAUUUGUGCCACUAGGCGCUCGACUCAUCAUUGUGUCUUCUAGCUUUCAUCAUGGGCUUCCUAGCAUAUUCAUCAGCCUUCAAAGUUGAGAUUUUAAAUUUCGAGCGUCCCAGCAGUCGUCCCAUAACCAGUCCAAGGGCCUUAAUUUUUAACUUACCUCCCAAUGAAAACCAUCCAGUGUUUGGUCGACCUCCUAGGCUAAAACCUAUUUGCGAAACGUUUUUGAUUAGCCGACAUUUGCGUGCCGACUUUCCCACUGCAGCAGGUCACUAUUUUUCUCUCCCUGUAAGUAUCAACUCCUAGACAUUUUUAUUUGCCGUAACUUUUACCCGCUUUCACAUCGCGAAAUUUUAGACCCACCUACUUCAACGGCAGUGGCCAACGGGAUCGGGCCUGAUAAUGUCCCUAAGGCCGUGCCCGUCACCACCGCUCCCAAAGCCGUACCUUCUUCGCUGCCCAAGAGCGGUCUCAGUCCUGUCGCUCAGACAGUUUCAGCCCCUAGUGUCGUUCGUACUCCCUCGGUGUCUGGGGUCAACGAUUCUGUCACUGCGAUGACUGCGAAUGGCACAUCACAGUCGUUACCAGCCCGGCCUAGUUCCCUUCCAUCUCCCAAGGUGAGCUGAAAGAUCGGGACGUCAGUUAGUGUCCUCUGGAGACGCAACUUCGUGUCUUAAUUCUCUGUGUGCUAGGGUCGCAUUCCGAUCACGGCACUGGCUCGCUUCUACUUUCAGAGUUAAUUUAACUAGUCAUGCAUAAUUUUAUGCGAUUAAUUUUGAUAUUCAAGUAGUAUUUACAGCCUUUCUCCAUAAUCGGUAGUCUGUAAGGAAUUUCAAGUUGUAGAUAACCCAGACUCCCGUGAGUUAACAGUUUGGUCCUGAAUAUAUUUUGACUGUUCACCAGAGCUCAACUAUUCCAAGAUCUUUUAAACGGCGGCCUACUCAUCCAUGUUUUAAAGGUUAUAGUCUGUCUGGCUAGUGAUUAAGGUAGCAGAGUACAUUUGGGGCCGUCCUAGUCAUUUCGCUUUCGGCGUAGAACUGAGGUAGGAUAUACAUCCCUUGCUCUUAUUCUUUGUUUCAGGUCUCUGAAGUGAGUCCGCCCUCCAGCAACCACUCGAAAGGGCCCAACACUGCACCGAGGCUAAGAUCUCGAUCAUCAUCUGGUUCUUCGGAGGUCUCAAGCAGCGGAACCGGUGAGAGCAUAGAGUGGAUACCGGUCACAAAAGCUGAUCUUCAAGGGAACGCCGUUUGCUUAGCGUCCGCCGGCGUUGCUGGUUCGCCUUCACGAAAGCGUAAGCAUCAUGACCAGCGCCAUUCGAGCACAGAAAAACGGAGAAAAUUUUCCUCCUAUUCAAAUGUCUCGAAGCAUCGUAAGCACAAGCACAAGAAGUGGAAACGUCGUCGCAGACGUUCCGCCCAUGAGCGCCACAAUUCCUAG